UUCCUCAGAUCUUGUUCUUGUUUAUCCUUGCAUUUUACGAUUAUUUCAUUUAUUUCUUUAUCCUGGUGUUAUUCAAUGAAAAUUAGCUGUAUAUUUCUAAUCACACUAAUUAAUUUCACAUAAUAACCUUCACCCUAAUCAUACAUCCGUUACAGUGAAAUAAGUAUUUACGUAUCGAAACUGAAUGCACUAUGGAUAGGUUCGAAUAUAUGGAAGCCCGCUUGUUUGAAGGUGAAAAUUACAUUAAAAGGGAUAGGAACGUGAAAAUUUAUGAUGGAGAAGAUAAGACUCAAUUUGUGGAUGGAGAAGUUGUCCUAACGACUCAUAGAAUACUCUGGGGCAAGCCGGGUGAUAUACCUAAGGGGCUGACAUGCCUUUCUCUUCACUUGUACUAUGUGUUCUGUGUGGAAGAAGAAAGCAGUGGUGUGUUUGGGCUUGGUGGACUCAAAAGGAUAAUAUUACACCUUGGACCUGCUUUACCUGGUAAAAGACCCGGACCAGCCGUAGUCAGCCCCUACCACUUUGUAAAACUAUCAUUCAAAGACGGCAUAGACUCUGCUUUCUACAAAGCACUAAACGAAGCCGUCAGUGCCAAAGCAUGGGAACAACAAACCCCAGUCUCCCCUCGCUCAGCCACAAGCCCCAAUGCCAGCCCCAAGCCCUCAGGCUCAGUAGCCCCAAUAAAUUCAAAAAUCAGAUCGGGAAUCAUCGGGAUUGAAAGAAGUAUAGAGGAACAGCAUAGGGCGACAGAUGAAAGUAUCACAGUGGCGUUUAAGGACUUGACUAAACUUAUGGAGAAAGCUAAAGAUAUGGUUGCUGUGUCUAAAAAUAUUUCUACUAAGAUUAGGGAAAAACAAGGUGAUAUAUCAGAAGACGACACAGUGAGAUUCAAGGCCUACCUUAUGAGUCUAGGCAUAGACGACCCGGUCACGAGAGACGCCUUCCGUUCCGACUCCGAUUAUUAUGUGGGGCUGGCUCAACAGAUCUCUGAUAUGAUGGUGGCGGUUUUAAUGGAAUGUGGAGGAAUUAUGUCUCUGUCCGAUGUAUGGUGUCGCGUGAACAGAGCGAGAGGGCUAGAACUCAUAUCUCCUGAAGAUUUACUAAACGCUUGCAAGCUACUCCAAACAGUCGGGGCUCCGAUGUCACUCCGCAAGUUUCCGAGCGGCGCAUGCGUGCUGCAACUGAACAGCCACAGAGACGAGGAGGUAGCGAAGACCACGAGUAAUAUGCUUGAAGAAAACGGUAACCUUACGCCAGAGAAACUCUCACAGAUAGCAAACGUUUCCGUUCUGUUAGCGAGAGAACGGCUUUUCACCACUGAGCGGCUUGGGCUCGCCUGCAGAGACGAAUCCAUCGAGGGUCUAGCGUUCUACCCUAAUCUAUUCCUGAGGGAAACUUCCUAGCAAUAUAUUUAUAUUAAAGUAUAGAUAAAAUUAUAAGAUCAUACCAUCCCAUACAUUAAAAUGCGACCUAAGAACACACAUACACUACACCACAGUUACCACACAUAGAUGGCGCCACAAAAGAUG